AUGGAAGAGAGAAGCAGCAAAGCUUUCAUCCUGUCCCAAGGAGAUAUUACAAAGCAGAGUCAACUAUCCUCAAAAUCUUUGGCCUCCUCAGAGGUUUCCUGCUCCACACUUGAUGGGGAUCAGGUCUGGAUGGAGGAAUUGAUUGUCCGUUCUUCUUACCAGUCCUCCCUAAGCCAGACUUCCAGCACCAGUGGACCCAGCAACAGCUCAGGGAGCAGCAGGUGUAGCAGCGAAGGGACUGGCAGUCUGCACAGCUGGAGCUCUGGGACUACCUGUCUGCUACACAGCUCUAUUAAGAAGCAGAGCCAGGAAGCAUUUCAGAGUCGUAAGGAAGAGAGGCUUGGAUGGUGUUCUCCCAGAGGGCCUUUUAGUACCGCUCGACCGCAUGCAGAGCUGGGAGGAGGCAACAAUCACAGCGAAGCCCACCCAUGGCCAGAGAGGGGUGGGCUCUGUCAGGGGAGUGAUCUCCAGUGGAAUCACAGCAGGCUCAAAAGCGUGAAACCGCUGUCACUAUUAGAAGAAAAGGUUGAAGCCAAAGUGAGGUUUUCACAGUUCCUGGACGAGGUAACUUCCAAUGUGCUUGACCCCAACAAUCUGCAGGUGUUUCCUAAACUUGGCUCUACUUCUAGCAUCUCCAGUACAACCAGAGUUCAGCCCAAAGUCGAGAUUGAAGAGGCAACACAGGUGAUCAACAGGCUCCCCUGCUCAAUGGCCCAACAGCAAGGCCCUCUACUGAAGCAGAAGUCGACCCAAGAAGAGCAAAGUACCCUGAUGCCGAAAACCUUCCUGGAAACAAACAUCGACUGUGUGAGAGGUGGUAAUGAGCCACAAGACCUAGAGAUAAAAGUAAAUGAACCGCCACAAUUGGAGUCAGACGCCAAGGACCUAAUUCCACCUCCUCUGCAGUUCCGACAAGGAUUUGAAUUGAGAAGCCCCUUUCCGGAGUUUCAUCUUGACUUCCCAAGAUACCCUUACAGAUCCGCCUCUCUACCCCGGGGCAUCAACAUGGUGAGUGAUGAAAGUCGUCCCAGUCUUUAAUCAAAGCCAGGCCUUGGAACAUAUGUUAUGAUUGGAGCGGAAAUUGUUUCCUGAGUUAGAAGUGAUGUCUGAAUAGAUGAAGCCUUUGAAUGAUUUGAAGGAGCUAGUCUUGAUUUUUCCAGGGCUUUUUCUUGCUCUAUUAUUCAGAGUGGGAGAGUUAAGAAGAACACAGAAGGAUGGGAAGUCAGGAAGUCUAUGGGGAUUAGUUUUAAUGAAGAUUUUAACAACAGUGUACAGGAAAUAAUCCAUGCUGUACUGAUAUAAAUCAGAUUAAAAGAAAAACAAUGUACUAAGUACAAAGUUUUUGAGAAAACUUUCAUUGUCUCAUUGAAUAAUCUGCUCACGCUAUGUAUCACUGCAAAAUUUGCAUAAAUCUAAUGCAAAUGUUGCAUUAGAUUUAUGCAAUAAAGUCUCCCAAACUUGCAAAAUAUAAACUAGAUAAAGGAAAACAAAGUAGACAAUAAAAUCUACACUUUGUUUUGGCUAUUUUUGUGCUGUUUCUUUUGCAAACAUAGAUCAGUCACAAUUUGCAUUUGCCUUAAGAUUGGUUAUUUAUUUUAUUUUAUUAUUUUUGGUUCAAUAUAUUUACCUGCUUGUCACAUACUGUGUCUCUCUGCUGUGCUGGUUGUCAACAGCAGGCUUGCAAACUGCUGACUUAGUCCUCUGUAAGCAACCCUAUGAAGUCAGGUGAGAGUGAAUGAAAAAUAAAAAGUGUGUGUCAGACAAACAAAACAAGCCUUGACACUCAGAGGGAGACGGCAUAGAAAAGAAGAAGACAUCUUGCUAAUAGAAAUGAAAAUACAAAGUCGGUUCUUUCAUAGCAAAAUGUUUUUCACCAUAUUAACUUUAAUAUGGUGAAGUCUUAAACAAAUGGGUUAACGCAGCAAUAAAUGGGGCUACUCACUGAUGGAAGCCUCCACUCUCUCUGUGUUAUAAACUAGAUUGUUGUAAUGACCAGACCUACAACAGGAUGGACGAUAUAACAGAUCUCAAAAAACCAAGUAAAACAUUAUGAGUACGCCUUUCAGACUGGCUGCAGUACAGUUCAUAAAGCCCUCGUUUUACAUGUUGAGCAUGGAUCAAACUAUGAAAUUAAAAUACUGUGCACUUAUUUGUGCUGAUUAAUGUCCUAAUUUUUAUUUGAAAAGCUUCAUCAAAAACUGAAAAAAUGGCUUAUAAUGUUGUGACUGACAGCUCUGUCGUUAAAUGUGGCUCUAGCUUGCAACCAAUUAUCAGCAGAAAUAGGAUGUCACUAUUGCAGCUCUACUCACUGAUGUCUACUACAGAUAGUUAGUGCCUAUGAGGGGGAAUGUUAUCGCUUCAUUUUUGAACAGCUAUUCCAACAUAAAUUUUGUCACUGGUCAUAGUGUUUGGUCUACAAAAGUAGGAUGUCCCAAUCAUCACAAAAUACACACUCUUCAUAUUGUUUGUGGAUAAGACACUAUUCUUUGUUUGUAGUCUGUGUUGGCGAUGAAAAUUUUAAAGAUACACCCUCAGGUUUUGCUCGUUGACAUUCAAUGUUAUCAAUUCUUAUUGACAUUGGAGUAAAAUACAUUCCUGUGCAUCCUCUAUAAAUGAAGCCCAUUUGCAGUAAUGAUUUACAGCAACGUGAGCCAGCAUUAUACUUCAGUUAGAUUCCUGUUAGGGAAAUUUUAUCUUUACCAACUCAUGAAACAGACUGAUAUCAAUGGUGAUAUCUCUGUAUGACCCACAAAAGCAAACAACGCCAUCAACAACAAGAUUGACAUUCCCCAUAUUAUAAUUUUAUAUGCCAGUAACUGCUGUGCGGGGGUAGGUGUCAGACCAGAUGAUUGACAGCGAGCUGAAGAAAAAGUCUUUUUUUACAUUUCUACAGCAAAUAUUCACAGUGAGUAACACAUUUGUUUGUCAAAGGACAGAAAGAUGAGAUUUUUCACCAGGAAAUACUACCACGGGGGUCGGUUUGGGGUGCUGGUAAAAUCACACAUCGCAUGUCAUUCCCCACCCCCUCUCUAAAUUUUCCUUGCCCUGUCCACUGCUUUUGCCUCUGAAUAAAGAUAUAAUCCCAAAAAAUGUGAUAGGAUAUCAAUUUCAACGUAGAGGUAGCCAAAAUUGACACACACAGAUAAGUCCCUCAUGGAUCUUUAGGUGCAUCAUUGAUAGACAUUGAAAUAUGAAACAAAAUGUAAGUACCAACAUAUAAUGUUGAGUUUAAGUCUUUGUGCUGGAAGGAAAGCUUUGUCUGCGCCCAACACUAAUAAUUCUGAUCUUUCAAGACACCCAACUAAAUGAUAAGCUGCUCAAAGGCUAGUUGUAAGACAGCCUGGUGCAGCGAACUUCAGUGACCCAGGUGCUGCUCAUGUUAGCUUGACAGGCCAAAGAGGAACCACUCCAUCCAAACAACCAAGUCUUGAUUUCAACUCUGCAUUUAUUAGGUGUCGGACGCAUGGGCACAUGGAUACCAGCCCAAGUAUGAAAGGCAAUUGGAAACUCAGGCAAGAAUUUUGUGCCAGACUUGUGGACUUGACCUGUUCCUCCUUAACAUGACGAGCAAACAAGGUUUUGCUUGUGCUAUGGAACUUAAUAAUUUUGGUAUCACCUUUUUUACAAAUACAAUUUGUAAGAUGAUAUUGCAUAGUUGUUGUCAACACAGUGUUCCAGAUUUCUUGGAAGUUAAUAACAAUGGUAUGGCAUUUUGAACUACUGAGGAAAACUUGUGUCAGUGUCAAGUUUGGUGCCCCCAGUGGACAAGCAGUCAUUGUGUAUCUUGUCCAAAACAUACUUGAAUAGUAACUUUUGACAAAUUCUCACUCUGCUGGUAUCUGUCAGUAAAACACAAAAUUUUUGUGAAAAUGUUAUGUAAAAUUAUAAAAAACUGAGCUGGGUCUCCAGCUGCUUGGUUGACAUCUCCCCCUUGCACUGGUGUGAGGCAUUAAAAAUCAUGAUGUAGAAAUCGUCAAUCUCGUUACUGAUGGUCUUGUUUAUUUUUCGGCAUCAUAAAAAGACAAAAAUAACAAUUUAAUUGUAUGUCAUGAAUGUCAAAAAACUCCUCAUAGGACCAAACAUUUAUAGCAAGUCUAUUAUUUAGUAGCAUUCAGCUAUAUAGUGUACAGUUUUAAUAGAAGUUUUGAAGUAACCUAAGUAAUGCUUAAGCUGCUUUACCUGGUAACAUAACUUUUAGAUUUGGUUAAGUUUCGAUAGUGACAAGGGGGCUUUUACACCUAAGUCGUUUGGUCCUGACUUUGAACUUUUCUUUUUAGUCAACCCAAAAUGAUAGAGGUGAAACCUCCCCAAGACCCUGGUCUGGACCAAACACCCAGACGUUGGUCUGACCAAACCAUGAACAAUGGUCUGGUUCAUGCCCAGUGUGAAAGCAUUAUUUAAAAAGGUUGUGACCUUCAUACCAAAGACAGGAAAUGACUCAAGGAGUAGAAGUAUCCGUUAUUAUUGCCCAAUAAGGGGAAAUUUUAUAAUAUUGUAGAUAAAGUUAUAUCUCACUAUUGACUUAUCUUUUUAAGAGUUAUACUACACAGACUUUUCUCCUGAGCCAGUGUUGCAAUGACUCACAGGAUUGUAUACUUUCUUUUCCUGUGACCCACCGGCCUAAUGACCAAUCAAUGUAAGCUACAGAGACAUGCAAAACAUGUAGUUGAUGAUGAUUACACGUAGGUUUGUCGUGUCUGUUAGUCUGUUUGCAAUGAUGACAGUGUGAAAACUAAACAGACCAAACCAAAUGUAUAUCAUGUCACAAAAACACAGACCUUGGUUUGGACAUUGGUCCAGACUUUCAGGUGUGAAAACACAGGUGUAUUAACUUGAGGAACACAGCUUUUAACAAAGCUUUGCAGUAUUAUUUCUGCUUUUACGAGAGAAAAAAUGGCGGAUUGUUUUCGUUGACUAUCACUGCUGCUGUCACAGUGUUUUAUGAAUUGCUGUUUGUGCAAACAGCUCCAACAGCAGUGAGACACAGCAAGGAAGUAGUUGGCGAACACAGAGGAGCAUUAAGCAGUUUAAGACUCUGAGAGAAACUGGAGAGAAAAACAGGAAAAAAAACUGCAAAUGUUGUACUUUUUACAGGUGGCUGGAAAAACAAUUUCAAAUAGAUGCAAAUGUUCUUCCAUACUCUCCUGGUGCUAAAGGCAGUUUGCCCCUCCACAUCACCGUAAUAGGAGAUGAUAUGUCAAUGUUGUGUUUUCAAAUGGUUCCCAUGCUCAUUAAGGUCCAAAAUACCAGGAAAAGACUCAGUUAUUUCUCAUUGGAAGUCAUGACAGAGGCAGAUUUAAGCUUGGUGUGAAUGUAUGAGUUAUCCUGUGGAGCCGCACAGAAACACUACAGUCCUCCUGUAAAGAUCGAUGCUGAUGUUUCCGAGGGAGCGGCGCUUCAUGCUGACCAGGGAGCAACGUUUUAUGGGUUGUGCGCAUUAGCAUUCUACCCAUCAGCAGCUCCUCCACACAAUCCUAACUGAACUAUGCAGUCAUUUACUGACUCAGCCCACUUAUAGUCCUUUAUUGUGUUACAUCCAUCAUUUACUCAGCUUGAGACAUAACCCUUGCUAAAACGGUUGCAGAUGCAGAAAACUUGUUUAAACGACUGUUUUUCUUCUUGAGGUUUCCUCAGACUUUAAGCAGCAGAGUGCAUAUCAAGAGAGCACUGGCAUAAAGGCUCAAUUAGCAAUUUCUGCAUUGUCCUUCUCUUUCUUAAAAUAUUUUAACCCAGCAACUAGAAGGCGUAGACUCAUAUCUGCUUCUGCUCAAAUGUUGCUAUUUUCUGCAGAUAUGGCAGCAUUCACGAGGAGCCCUAAUUGGCAGUCCGUCUGUGUUUCUCCCUGAACCCAAAACACACUUCACCGAUCUCCGAAAACGGCACUGCUGUCAUUUAAUAAUAAAGGAGAAGAUCACAUUGCUUUAAUUUAUUGUCUGAUUAAAAUUCAGCCUUUGCCGUCACCUUAGCAACUGCUUGGAAAAAGGUGGGUGGUGUGGGGGCUGAGAGGCAGGCAUGUGAGCCUGUUGGUGUUCAUCUCAGUUUAGUGUAUACGCGUGUGUGUGUGUGUGUGUGUGUGUGUGUGUGUGUGUGUGUGUGUGUGUGUGUGUGUGUGUGUGUGUGUCGCUGCAAAGUUUCCUAACACACGAGUCCUUGCACUUGUGUAGGGAAACAUUUUUCACAGGCACACAGAGGCCUUCUGCUGCGAGGAUACAAACUCACUUUGUUAAAGCGUAUCCCCCGGCUUGAAAACACUUGUUUUUCUCAUCUGUAGGUGAUCUGGCUGUAGUUAUGUUUCCACACUGACCCUGGAGACCAGCCUCUUUGCAGCGGUUGCAUCCUUCGUUAACUAUGCCCCUGAACAUGCAUGAAGCUUUCCCCUCUGACUGCUGAUCCUCCAACCCACUUUUCAGCACUGAGAAAUUUAUGAAACAUUGCAACAUAGCAGCACGUGUUCCACUCUCAAUCAGACCUGUGCCCCAAAAAUGAAUGAAAACAAGAACACAGGAGGAAAUAUUCACAAAAUGCUGCAUAAUUCACCUACAGAAAAAUGGCCAGCGGCAGCAUGCGUGUGAUUUCUCCCUGAACAGCGUGGGACUCAAGAUGUAAGAUUCAACAGAUUGAACCACCUGUUUCCCUCUCACCUAUCCCCCCUCCCUUCCUAAUUCUCUCCCUCCUUUUUCUAUCUCUCUCUCUCUCUUCCUUCUCUCCGAUUCAGCACCUUCUACAAGGAUAUUGAGCUCCUGCCAGCUCCCCUCUUGGGGGGGCUUGCCAUGUAUCUGCAGUCUGGCUGCAAUGGAGGUUUCCGCUCUCUCUCCCCCUCCUCCCCUUCCUUUCCCCUAUCGUCCUCCCCCUCCCCACUCACACUCUUUGGCAUGAUAUGAUUGUUCUCUUCUCACCUCAGCUAAGCACAGAUGCGUACAGUCAGACAGUCAGAUGGAGUUGAGGGAGAGACGGGGGAGAGCGAGUGGGGGAAUAAACAAAAACAGAAACAGAAACAGAGGGAAGGAGAGGAAAUCGUGCCUGCUGAAUAUGUAUGUUUCAUAUCUCUUUUUGAUUGUGAUGCAGUGAUGCUCCACUUAGCUGCCACUUUUGACGGGUCCCCUCCACUAACACACUGUCAUUUCCUUGUAGGUGCCUGAUGACAGGAUGAACAACACAGACACCAUCAGGUAAGCUUCUGCCUCUUUUUUCCACUCUCCUUCUCUCUCUCUCUUUCCGCACAUAUCUUUCAGCGCUCCAUCCUCACGCCCCCGCGUUCUCCCUGUCUUCUUCCUUUAAGCUCCUUCCCUCCCACUCUUCCUCUCUGUCUUUCCACUCUUGCACUCUCUCUCUCUGUCUCUGUCUUGCUGCUGGAGUGGCGUGCUGCUGUUGGAGGUGGCGGUGGCAGCAGUGGCAGUGACAGAGGUGGUAGUGACGAUAGUGGUGGUGGUGUGUGCGUGUGUGUUAGGGGUUUUCUCUGAGCUUUAAGGGAAUAGCUGGGAGAGCCAAUCCUAGUAGCACACAUAGAGAGGGGGGUUUUCUCCCGGUCUUCACCCUGCAGCGUGGCUCUGGCAGCAGGAUUUUUAUUCUCUCGGUCUCCAGGAUGAAGCUCUGCUUGAGCGGAAGGUACUGCUGUUUCGCCGUUUGCUUCUUUUGAUUUGGAUUGCAAAGCUGUGGGUAUGCGUGUGUGUGUGUGUGUGUUCUUGUGUGUGUGUGUGUGUGUGUGUUUGUCUGCUCAUCUGUAUGUGAUGUAGCUGCGCUCACAGUGUCAGUUUGGGCUGUCUCUGUAUUGAUGCGGUGAUGUUAGGGGUGAUCUACUCCUCUGACAGUUCCUUAUAGAUGAAAAGACGCUUUUUUAUGCAGAUGAUGUUACAUUGUACGUUGGGGAUCUUAGAGCUUGAAAAUUCACUGCAGCAAAUGUGGAGCUAUUGGAAAGCUUUCUUCUUCUCUGAGAUCAGUGCAAAGGGUUUAUAAAUAGUGAUGAAUGUGUUAAAGUUGUAAAAAUGACUCUUUCUGCAUGGUUUCAGACUCUCACUUGUCGGAAUGCGCUUGCUAAAAUUGAUUUUUCACUCCAUGGGUCCUUCUGCUCCACAUAUGGACAGCUAGCCACUCUAGUGAUUGAUUUUUAUGUCUUGAAAUAAGCCUUGUGGUCUAAGAUUUUCACUGUAAUAAAAGAAUUAAUGCCCUCUCGUGCUUGCAUAAACAGAUUUAAAUAAGCUUAUUACAAUAUCACCAGCGCUUACCUACUUUUCUAAUUAAAGUUGCAUUAAACAGGAAUUCAAGCAGCAGACCAAACAUGAGAAAAAAGAGAAAGGAGAUCAUUUCUGCCCCCACUCGCUCCCUCUCUGUCUCUGUCUUUUUUUUACCUCCCUGUCAUACAGUAGGCUUGUUUUAAUUGAUACUUUUACUAAUGAACCAUUAUUAAUCCGGCACAGACAGAAAUAGAUCGCAAGCCCUCCCUAUUGUGUUCGAUUACCGAUGGUGUUAUUACAAUUUCAGGCAGAUUAGAGUUUAAAAGGCAUUUAAGCAGCUGAUGAGGGGUAAUUAAUCUGACAGGGGCGGUUCUCCAAUACCAGAUAUCACUUCUCCUCACCUCUGUGUCACGGCUUUAAUUGAAUUAUAGCAGCUCUGUUGAGAUAAGAGGCGGGGUAGUUCUGUGACUUUGCCUCCUCCUUGCUCUUAACUGAAUAGGAAACAGGUCACCUGUGGCCUCUGAAGAAGCCGUGAUGAGGCUGAAGAGGAAGCAGGAUCUACCUGAGAGGCUGACCCUGCCCGACUCCACCCCCAUCUUGAUCUCCAACCCUAGACACCUCUUUUCCAAGAAGCCUCCCGGUCCGGACUGAUGAAAUGUCCUGAAAUAUCUACCCCACUCUUGCGCUCUCCUUCUCUUUCCCAAUCUCCGUCCCUCACUUGGUCAGGCUCCUGCAUCAGGGGAACUGUGUGGCAGAGAUGCACAUCUAAAUUUUACAUGAAGACUAUUGCAGCUGAGAAGCUCUGAAGCAACAAAGAACUUCUUAUCAGAUUAACAGAUUUAAAGUUUGUCAAGUGUUGUCAGAGAAAAUGUCUAACAUGUUCUUUUGACAAUAGUUUGAAAUGGUUUACUUUGAAAAUGACGCCACUUGAAUAAAGCUGAAAGCUGCUUUUCAAGGAUGACUGGCAGUCCUAAAACUGAAUGCUGAUUUCUGAGAGAAUGAUUAUAAGAUUGAGUCCUUGGAGGCAAAGAAAAUGAAAGGCUGGCAUAGUUGGAGCUUGAAAAUUCAGAAAUAAUCUUUUGUCAGUAUUCCCCAUCCAAUUACUACCAUUAUAAAGAUAAAAAGACAAAUACAUGCUGUUAAUUUGAUAUUUUAGCAUCACACAAUGUUUAACCCGAGAUCUGAUGGUACUGUACUCUUUGGAUGUUUACAGCUACAUGUUUCCUACAAUACCGUCAAGUCCCAUCAUCAUCAUUGCUAUGAAAUGUACCAAAUACCAUAAACUGAGCAGAAUUUCCAGCAGAAGGUAAAUGCACAAAUUACUCAGAGCUAGCCUCCUCUUGGCUAAAACAUCAGCAGUGUGGAACUAUUUUGUUCUAGAAAGUAAAAAACCACCCAACAGCCUUGUGAUAUAUGCAACCUGGUUAUUUCGCAAGGCAGGAGCUGUAGCGCUGCACUCAAGACUACCAAUUUGAUGGGACAUCUAAAAAAUAUACAUGCAACAGAGUACAUCGUGUUUACUAAAGCAACAGAGGAAAAGGCUGCUGUGCUGAAACUAAAAACUAUGAACUUUAAAAAAAGAGGAUAAAAAUCCUCAAGAGAGCAAAAAAAGCACAAGUGUUUGCUAAAAAAGGUGUUUGAAUUUAUAGCUUUAAACAACAAUCCCAUCUUGAUAGUAGAGGAUGCAGUUUUGCGGUAUUUUUUUUGGAGCUGGUAAGUCCUGCCAUUUCUACACUACAUUUUACACACCACCUUACCUGAGCUGUAUGACGUGACUUGAUAGUUUUACAACAGACAUUUGUGGCCCUGACUUUUUACUGCACACUGAGUUGAUUCCUCCACUUCCCUGUUAAAGUAUGCAUUAGGUUAUAUCAUGCACACCAGCUUCACAGGUCUCAUACAGCAGAGCAUGCAGAACUGGCCAUUACUUUAACAAAUGCUCUAUUUGUAUAAACAGGAAAUAUGGUGUACAGCUCUGUUGUGUAGGCAAAUGCAGGAUAUAGAUUGUAUUGGGUUGCAGGACUGGCAGAUACACAGUGUAUAAAAAAUUUGAUCAGGGACUGAAAAAGCUGAUCAGGAUAUCCCUAAAAGUUUCAAAGAGCUUUCCAUUUUUGUAACUGUGCUUUUCUCACUAGCUGCUGAGUGGGAGGAAACACAGUCCAUAGCAAUAAAUAAUCAAACAUUUCAGGCAAGCUAUGGUGAAUAUGGCAUAAAGGUUACUGCUGUAGGAGGAAACCGGGUUAUUCUGUUUAAAGGGAAUAAUAUCUGCCCUCCAGUAUCUUCAAAUAACAUUUUACAUCUGUUAAAUCAGCACAGAAAAAUGAAGACGAUGCAAAACCUGCAGUUCCUCAAAUGUCCACUAGAGACUGGCUCCCAAGGCCAAGAAAGCCCUGACAUCCAUUUUAAAAUGUCCAUAGAAAUAAACAAAAUAACAGCCAGUUAAAAUUGUCUAGUUUUCUUUAAAGUAAGGGUAUCACGCUUUUCCACAUUUACAACAAAAACUGCAAAGUAACAAAGUUCGGUGUCCAUAAUACAUACAUACAUACAAAGUUUCAAAUCACAAGGUAAACGUAUGUUGUCAUAAUCUUGCAAAAAUAUGUUAACUGUUAAGUAUUGGACAAAUGCACAAAAAUACGAGAACUUAGUUUAUAUAUAUUUAUAUGGUGUCUAUAAGGAUAAUGCUGCUCCAUUGCUCUGUUACCACAAAAGAGGGAGCAGGGCCAGAACAUUGAGUUCUGCCUACAGCCAGCUUCCGGAGAGGUGGCCAAUCAGAAGAAAGUAGAUGCGCGGAGAGGGGACUUUAAAGAGACAGCAGCUCAAAUGAAGUGUUUUAGACAGUGGCUGAAAUAAAGAUAUUUUAAUACAUCGCUAAUUUGAGGCUUUUUUAAACCUGAAAAUCAGGUAAAGCUAUUAAAGAGGUAUCAGAAAGUAAAUAUAGGGUCUCAAAAAAAUUCUUGAUACCCCCCACCCCCCCCUUUUUAAACUCAACUUUUGUUCUCCUCUUGAUUAAAUCUUGAGGGCGGAAAGUGGAAGUAACAUCUCCUGCUAGUUAUGUAGCUGAUCUCAAUUCCAUGUGGAAACACUUCAACACUCAAUAGUUCACAUCAGAAAACAUGACAUGCUUUUGCCGUGUUAUCAUCCGAGAUGAAAGAGGUGUCUAUUGGAUCCCUUUUAAUAGAUGAAGUGGUGUAACAGAAGAGCGUUAGCAGACAUUUUUAUGUGAGUGAAAGUGGUGUGGGAGAGAGGCUGGUCUCAAGAGGCUGGAGGUUAGUUUUGAUCUGUUUAAGUGGACAGAGUUGGUCUAACAGACUAAUGCUCCUCUCUAUAGUCUGUGGUCUGAGCAGUCCGCCUGUCCCUCCCUCUCUGUUUCUCUGUGCAUGUCUCUCUCUCUCCUGUGAGACACUGACAGCUCCUUUGGAGGUCAUUAAGUGUUUCUUAUCAUCUCAGCCCCCCAUUAUUCCUCCUCGCCUUUGCCCUGUUCAGCACCAGCAGUCAAAUCAUACAGGCCAGAAUGACCUCACUGCAUAUUACAGCCGCCAUAACUUCAGAUUUUGGCAAUUUGACCAAAGUUUAAAAAAAUCUGUAGACUACUGUUUAUUUGACCUGCUCUCUCUUGAGUUGUGAGCUCGCACUUCUUAUUAUCAGUCUUACUACAGGUGACUCUUAGCCAAAUAUUUAGACACCUCUCUAACAUUGGCUAAUUUUAGCCACAGUGAAGUGUGUCCACUGACGAGGAUGCAACCAUUCAGUUAAGGGGGCAUUGUUAUUUAUCCUGUCUAAAGUUACACUUACAAGUAUUCUCUAAGUGUCAAAAAAAGUAUGAGGAUUCAAAAGUUUAGCUUGUAUCUGAUAAAAGCAGCAGAGAUACAAGUCAGCGAGGUCCCAGUUUGCCAAUGCUUCUUUGGGAGAGAUGAGUUGAAGGGUAGUUCAACACUUUGUAAAAUAUUAAUCUUUUUUGUUAAAAGUAAGAUGACAAAAUGAACACUCUUUGAUAACUUUACACUAAAUAUAGAUCUUCUCCAAACAUAUGCUUAGCUCAGCAUCAAAGUUUUGAAACAGAGUAAAACAGCCAGCCGGUGUGCCUGAAGAUAAAAACCCAGACAGUCAAAACCUCUGAAGGUUAUUUUUUAAUACAAGAUAAAGAGAUCGAAUAUAAAGUGAGAGUGAAAAGUCCACUGCAUCAAGUAGGAGUGUUGAGAUCACACCAUAACAGCAAUGCACACAGGGUGCCUCUGGCCCAGCAGUCUGCAAGCACACCCCAUACAAGGAGGCCACACCUCCCGCAAGCAACCCAGGUUUGAUUCUAGCCUGUGGCUCCUUUACUGCAAGUCUCUCCCAACCUCUUUCCUGUCCUCUUAUAUAAAGGCCCCAAAUGCCUGACAAAAGAAAUGAGAGAGAGGGAAAAAAAACAACAGCAAUGUAUACAACAGGUUACUGUGCAUUUCUAAAGCAAAGCCUGGAUAUUAUCAGAUGAAUUUUAGAAUUAGAAUCAGCUUAGAAUUAGAAUCAAGUAUGUGUACACAUACAAAGAAUAUGACUUCAGUAAACUUAACCCUAUAUGUACAAACAUUAAACAUAAAUUGUUAUGAAAAUUUUAAAAAUUACAAAAGUUGCAAAAAUGACAGAAAUUACACAGUAUGUGCAAACCAUUUUGUGUAACCGUGGUGGAGUCUUACCCUCCCAAUGCUAAUACUGGUGCGACUAGUUUGGUAGCAGGUCGACUGAUAGCAAACAUAUAAUGCUGUUAUCAGGUUUUCGUUUGUUUGAUGUUGAUAAUUAACAGUUUUAUAGUAAUAACACUUUUUACUCCAUCGACAUUACAGUCUAAUACACGAUUGUUGUAGCCAGCACCAUGUCGAUAACCUAACUGAUUCAUGAGUUAGAAAAUUCAUAGUUUUGCUACAGAUUUGACUGCAUUAGUGAUAGUUAGGUUAUAUUAUACUGCAUUAUUCUAUUCUUCAGCUCAUUAAGUUAUUUAUAUAAGUCACGGUUUUAACACUGUUCAACAGUAGUCUCACUGUUGAGGCUUCCCGCAGUGUGUGCAGAAGUUUUUCAGUCUUGUGAGCUCAGGUUACAGCCAAUACUGAUCAUUUUAAUGCGUUAUUAAUCAACCCGAUGAAUCAGCACGACUGACUAAUUGGUCUUACACUACAUGUAUAAAGAGUCUCAGUCUCAGCUUCCUAGUUCUCAGCUGCCUUAAGAAACACAAGGACUUGCUAAGGUGGGCACAGAGCAGUUUCAGAGUCCACAGAAUUCACACGCUUUAAUCAAUGAAUGAGCAAUGCACUCACCAGCUUUCCUGCUGUUGCAUGGGUUGCAGGACAGAAUCUUGCACCAAUUGGUUUGGACCCAACAGCUUGCCAAGUUGCUCUCGCAUCUGAGCUGAAUAACUGUUAUUUUCUCCUAAGACAGAAGCUGAUGUCUGUAUCGCAUUUGAACUAAAAUUUACAUUUUUGGACCUUGUUUGACUGAGACGACCUAAAACUAGAGGUCACAGCUUGGAUAUCAUGUUUAUAAAUACCUCCACAUUAAUGGUACUAUACUGGAGAGCUGUUAGUGCAAUAUUGCUUCUAUAGUUUCUCUCUAUAGCCUCUAUUUUUUAUAAAAGCUCCAUUCAUGCAUCACUGAGUUGAGGCUUUUUAGGCGGCCUCUUGAGAGCUAUGGAUGGACCAGUAAGUACAUCAGAGCCGCCUGCUGUGUGUAUAAGAGCGUGAGGCAAAUGGAAACACACACACACACACACACACACACACACACACACACACACACACACACACACACACACACACACACACACACACACACACACAACCUGACAAAGACAGAUACAUGGGUACACAGAACACAGAGCACAGCACUCUGCAGGCUUGCAGGUUUGCAGAGGUGGUUCCUUUUGUUGUGUCUAAUCACUACCUGUCCAUUCCUGCUGCACUCAUAAGCAAUAUGCUGUGAUGGUGGGCGUUGUGCCCUCUGUGCGUGCAUGUGUGUGUUUGCGCAUAUGUGUGUACGUGUGGUUUUUGUCUGUUCUAUUUUUAAUGAGAUGAAACCUGUACAGAGCUGCUUUUCCUGCUGUGUCCUAUCUGUUUUUUGGUUAAGGCAGAAAAGACAACCUGACACUUGGUGAAGUCCUAUAAAUAAAGCGCAUAUAUGAGCCUCAUAGUACACAAUUUGGUGACAUUUAUCUUACUAGUGAUCAAGAAUCUAAGUGAAAUGAGACAACUUAAAGUAGGUUUGACAUUUGUGUCUUCUUAAUUUAACAGAUUUAGUCCCAGAAACCCAGUUAUCACCAGAAAACGGGACUCUUUGAGCUUCAAAUCAAGUGUGAGAUUUCAGCCAAAUAUUCAGUGCUAGUUUUCAGGUUCUGGGUCAGAAGAUCACCUCUGUGACUUCACUAGGACAGCUCUCAAAAGGCUUUCCUGGCACUGAAAACACGAUUUUCUUGUCUUGAGGCUGAUGCUGAUUUUUUUUUGUAGGACAGAAUGUGCUCAUGUUUGUGUGUGUGUUUGACUGUGUGUGUGUUUGUGUAUAUGUGUGUCUCCUUGCUUGUUGGUCAGCACUGUUAUGGCCUGAGGGGGUUUUCUUGCCUUGAGUCUUCUCCAGACUUGUAUUUAUUGGAACAUGCAUCAUGUAUAUAUGAAACAAAAAAAAAAAACACUUAAAAGACAAGUUAUUCUGACACCGUUUUUAAUGUGUGUUUAUGUGAACAGACAGAACACCAACACUUUAUUCCUCACUGUAUCGUUAAUGCACUCUAUUGCUUUUCACUAUGAAGAAACAUUGUGUUACAAAAACACAAGUAUUGCUCAUUUAUUAAGAAAUUUACCUAAACGUACUGUAAAUCAGAAUGUACUUAAAGAGCCUUUGAGGCCCAAUAGAAUAGAAUAGAAUAUAGAAUAGAAUAUUCCUUUAUUGAUCCUCCAUGGGGGAAAUUUUUUUUUACAGCAGCGUCACAAAGUGCAAAAAAGCAGUUAUAAAAAUAAAGAUUGUAUAUUAAGAACUUAAAUAAAAGUUCUAAUUAAGAAAAAAAUUAGGGAAGGAAAAAGAAAGAAGAAAAAAAAAAAGAAUGCAGUAAUGCAGUAUUAGCUGGAGUCAAAGUAAAGCACAACCAGACACACAAAUCGCCUUCACAGGCUAAGUUAUGAAAUGGUGUUUUGUUGGAUUCAUAAAGAGUAACAACUUAAGUCCGCUUAAGAUUCUAUAUAGAAUGGAUGCCAUCUGCCUCCUCGCUGGGUGAAGCCACUGCAAGAACAGCACUCUCUGGUGACGGGCUGCAGUAUAGGUCAUAAAUCCUGCCUCCUCCAGCUAUCCCUAUGGAGUUGUGGACAAACUUUAGAAAUUAAUUACACAGAAUACAAAUUUUUCUCCCCCCUGGUUGCGAUGUUGACAUGUAGUUACUAUAAGACUGGUUUGUGCUCAAGUCCUCUUUUUUUCUGUACAGCUCCAUUUUUAAAAGCUAUUAGGGGAUUCAUGUUUUCUAUGAUUGACACUUGAUACAGCCUAUGGGGGUACAAAGAUUGCAUAGCACACCCAAAGGAUACGCUGUUUAGGCCAAGCGUCAUCACAGCGACUCUCGGUGACUCUCCCGCAAAAUGCGUACAAUGCUACUGUGCAAGUGGUGGUUCCAGGAAGUGGAGAAAAUUCUGAAAAUACUGAGAGCUUUUUGGCUUAAAAUCUGUAUACUGGCAGAAGGCAGAACCAAGUUGUCCAUAGUUUAUACAGUUUAUAUAUAUAUAUUUUGCCCUGGUGUAAACAGAAAAUCUGUUCCCACCAGAUGUGUUUUUGAACAUUUAUAUGCACACAAUGACAUAGACAGUUGAAAAUAGCUGAGAAUGCCACAUAAGCAAGUCAGACCAGUAGGGGAUGAUAUGUAAUCAAUGUGUCCUGUAGAGAUGCUGUUUAUGUGCAUAGGGCAUCUUCUUGAGUGAAAAGCAGUUGGAGACAGCUCUCUUACACCAGUGUAAUGAUGAAGAGCAUUGGAUUUUUCUUCAUUUACAUUCUGAUGAACCUCAAAGUACAAAAUACACUCAAACAGACUGGUGGUCUGCCCUGUUGGCCCAUGCAAAGAUACAUCAGUGUUUCCCAAAACAUUUGUCAUCGCCACUCUCUCGAAAACAACCAUAUAAAAGCUUAGAAAACAAGCUUUUUAAAAAGUUUAACCUUUGAAAUUGUUUUCCAAAACCUUAAUUUUUAGUGACCUAAAUCCCCAUUUUAGUGCAGUCAAGAGGUCAAAACACUGUAUUCGAAAACGUACACAUUGUAUAAUUAAUGUCCCCAAACUCUCCCAGUACUUUCUUUGUGGUCUUCUUUGUGGUACUGUUUAACUUGUAACUUGUUACUGUGUAACUUUGGGUUUGUUUGGAGUGUGUGCAGGGUUGCAGGGAUUUGGGGUGGAAAAAUAUCUGAUAAUUGAACCAGGUUAUUAAACCGUUGUGCCAUUAUGCAACGUCACACAAAAAAUACCUCCUGUUUGUACACAACAUGAGGAGAAGUAGUUUAUCUCCUGGAUUACUUCAUUUCAUGGUAAAGCUUGAAUAAUUUUUCCUUAACGGUCCCAUAUUGUACUCCUUCUCAGCAGGUUCACAUAGGUCUCAGAGGUCCCAGAACAGUCGAUUUGAAGUUUGUUGUCUAAAAACUCAGUUUUUUCCUGGACUUCAGCCAGCCUGAAAAGAACAUGAACAUGCUGUUUCUGUGUGCUGCACCUGUCCAUGCCUCCUUCAGCGUAAGCCAAGCCCCUCCCUGUCUCUCUGGAAGAGGGGGACACGGCUUGUGCUAUGGUACCAUACGCUAAUGUUUAUAUAUAGUACUAGGUAUGGCUAGGUACCAGUUUGAUCCAGAGUCUGACCCAGAAGGAGAGCUCCUGAGAGGCUCCUCCAACUCUGUGGCUGCAGCAAGACGUUUCUGAAUGGUUAGUUACAAAUAUUACGUGACUUCAUAUUUUCUUUUUACUUUGUUCGUGUGUUGGUACACAGUGACGUACAUGUAGCUAGGUAACAUUAGCUCCUGCUAACACUAACUUCUCUGCUGUCUUCUCGUUACUUGGAGAUCUUUUGGUGAGUGCGCAAGAUUGUAAAUAUAGUUAUCUCUCGUAACUGCAUAAAAUAGUAAAACUUGCACAUUACUUGGGUCACAGACAGUGGGUACCGAUCCAGGCUUUAGCUCCAGAUUCUUAGCGAAUCCUGCUUUGUUAUGGCCCUUGUUGAGAAAGCAGUCAGAAGUGAAGUGGUACGCACACACAUACAACAUUUUUGGAGUUGUCAUUGAUACAUUUCCAUCAAAUAUAAAACUAGAAAAGCACUCGGAGGGCGCAGACCUCUGCCAAGCAGCUCAUGUCCCCCCUUAUAUUGUGAUUCACACCAAAACUUUUACUGUUACGUGUCUUUUAUUAAUUUGUAUUUGUGUUUAAACUGGUAUAAUCACUGUUCAUAAUGUUCCUAAAACAACAAAGCUCAUAUUAGAUACAUAAAUGCAUGAUUUAUUAUGCAAUAUUUGUAAGCGUACACUUCCUUGUAUCUUCAUUGGUUAUCUUUAAGCAUUGAAAAUUCCAACGACACCCGUAUUUUUGUGUUCUGGAUCACAGUAUCCGGAAUUUUGUCUGGAUCAGGAUCAACCUUUGACACCUCAUAAAACUCAUUGAGAUCCUUUUGUGUAAUUUUUUCUCUAAAGACUCUGGCCAUUUUUAUUAUAGAGUUCAAUGCAAAAAUUCCAAAAUUUGCCCUAUCUCACAAUGAUAAAGAAUCCUUCAAAAAAUUCCUGGAUCCAGAAGGUGAUCCGGAUCACCACCUCUAGUGAAAAUUUCAGGUCAAUCCGUCUGUUACUUUCUGUGUUAAGUUGUUCACAGACAAACAAACAAACAAACAAACAAACAAACAAACAAACAAACCAACGCUUCCAAAAACGCUUCCUUGGCGGAGGUAAUGAAUCCACAAGGCCUUCAAAACUGCAGACAAACAGGGUGAUAAAAACAGACUUCUGUGCUGCUGCGUGCAGCUAACAACAGAGCAACUGCCGUGCCUUGCUCUUACCUUUGCCAUUUUGAACCAGCAUCUGCGAGGGAGAAAAAUAGUGUUUUAGUGGAAAUCUUCGGUGGGCAGAACAAACACCAUGGGCAGGGUCACCAACCUGGAGGGGAGGAGUUAUCGCCGUCCAUGAUGUCAUGGAAGGUGAUAGUUUCAAUCCGCCCGUUUGAGCAGACAUUUUCUGAAAGGUGGAAGAAGCAAGAGAGGAAGAGGAUAGAAGUUUCCUAUGGGGGGGUGGAUAUUAUUGUUGGAAAACCAUUUUUAACUGAAUUUUGCAUGAUAUGGUCCCUUUAAGUUGCCUGUUUUGUAGACAGUCCCUCAUACACAAAAGUCACAGUUGUCUGUGUUUAGCACCUACUGCCAUUUGUCCAGCUCAGAGGACAGCUUGCACUGACGGAAAUAAAGCUGUCUACCUUUCCAAGGGUGAAAAGUGGUGUCAUUUUUGAAAGAGCAAUUUCCUGCAAAUGAGUUACCAACCCUGAAAAGCAGAGUCUGUGAAUAUGCUUUCACACCUGUGACCUAAAGUUGGAUUAUACCUGAAUGAAAAACCAUCUGAGAUCUGACAGAAAUCUCUCAAUAUCUCAAAAUAGUUAGUUCCGGUCAACCUUAAAUAACUUUUUUUUUUCUCCGUGUCCUUCAGGGCUUCCAUGCAAAACAGAGGUUUGUGUAGUUUAGUGGUUAUUUUUUUCCAGAGCUUAGCCUCCAUCACCUCUUGAGCUCAUCCAAAAAAUCCUCUCGGGAUGCUUGUUGUGAUUACACACUCCCCUGUGUCGAGUGCCAUCAGUGGCACAUGAAAUCCGUUGAGCGGGUCAUUAUCUCCUGCUGCUGCUGCUAAUGAUGUUGGUUGUUGGUGUGUAACUACUGAGGUAUCUGCUCCUGUGUUAAUCAAUCCUGGGCCGAGACAUAAACCCACACACACCCAUACACAGAACAGUACCAUUAUUGGAGAGUGCAUUUUUUUUCUUUCCUUGAGGAGGCUGAGUCAUACUGUACGUGUCGUCAGACUGAGUGACUGCUGCAGGUUAGCUGCCUUGUUAAUCUGAAGGCAUACAGGGCCGAAAGAGCGUCUUGUGCGCCUCCUUUCUCUGCUGCUGGAUGAGUCAGACACUCAGGCUCCCUUUGCUUUUAUGCUGAGGUCUGGGUGUGUGAUAAGGGCUUUUCCUGAGCGUUAAUCUAUCAGCGACGUAGAUGAAAUCAGGAGGACGGAAAGAAAAAAGGCAGGAGCAUGAAGAAAUUAUGAUUCUCAGUGCAGAUUUCCACUUUCUCAUUUUUUUCUCCUUAAUUUAGUGACUGCUUCUCCCUCCGUCCUGUUUUUGGCUAAAUUGCUACUUCAACUAUUCCUCCCUCCUCCAAAACAUUUCCCGCUUUUCAGUCUUUUCCAGUUCCCCAACUUUGAUAUCCCCCUCCUUUUCCUUUUUCUCCACCACCUCCCCUUCCUCUUCUUUUCAAUGCUCUGAGUUCCUCUCAAAUGUCAGCGUGGCACGAGUGGGUGGCAGGCAGCGCCAUCUGAACGAGCCUUGGCUGUGGGUUUUUUCUUUUUUUUUUUGCUGCAGUGUAAGGAUCGGCUAAAGGAGGAAGAAGAUAAAAAAGAAAAGAGAGAGAGAGAGAGUGAGGGAGAGUGAGUGAGUGAGUUGGAGAAGGCUGUGUGCUGGCAGUUUGACAGAGGACACCUGACGUGGCCUGAGAUGUGUCCUUUAACAGCUGUCCUUUUUUGACUUUUAUGGCAGAGAGAGGGACUUCAUCCCAUUUGGAGGGGGACUGAACAGGCAGGACUGAUGCGUCAACACACACACACACACACACACACACAUAUGCACGACAUAAAGGUAAAGACACAACCCACAAAUUCAUGUAAACAGGCAAACAAGUCUUCAUUAUCAUAAAUAACUUUAAAAACUCUACCUCUAUGCAAACAAGCUCUCAAAAAGACAUGCACACACCUACCAACUCUUACACACACAGACACACACAUGUUUUCAGAACCGGUGUGCAAUGACUCAGAGGGAAGCAGCUGGAAUGAAGGCUCCAGUGGCGGUGUUGAGCUGUCACCAUCUGGAGGAGUACAUGUCUGCCUGCCUCCUCAUCUAGCAGCACAAAUCACCUCCCAACAACUUAGAGAUUCAACAUGUUUCUCAACCUCACCUGUUCUUCCUCUCGGUUGUGUGUUUCUACCACAGGUGUUCAGAUAUUGGCACAAACGUUGGUAAAUGCCUCUGAUAACGCCCGUAAUGUAUGCUUGGGUUUAAGUGAAUACAUCAAUAUGUGCAAGAAUCUGAUGCAGUAAUUUUGCCCAUAAUAAAGUCAAUUUGCUUCACUGGAAAUUAAUUCUUGUUUGCCGCUGUGAAACAUCUGGUGGCUGAAAAAUACAAAUGCUUGGCAACAGCCAUAAAUGAUGGUCAUCAGGGCCUGUUAUCUUCAAACUCAGGUCUGCCUAGCGUGUGGGUGUUUAAAGCUUCUAAUUUCUAAGUAAUUUAAACAGAAAUGUAAAUGCUUGUUAAAGUUUAAGGGAUAUUCCAGUGUAAGAUCAAGUCAAACACACUGUAACACCAAGUUAGACACCCUCGAGAGAUGAAUGUUGCCCAUUGCUUGCUACUCUAGUUAUACCACCUUCAGCAACGACCGCACGAUAGCAAUACACAGUGGUUUACAUCUCUACAUGCAAACCUCAACCAAAAAGUCACUCUAUAGCCACAAAUAAUGCUCAGAACAGCACCUAACUUCAUCAACAGUACAUAUAGGGUCCCAGCCAUAGUACUAGCCAUCAAACAUCUUUUUAGCUUUGCCUAAUUUCUUUAGCAAAGAGACCAAACACAACUCACCCACUCUCCUCCAGCAGCUGCUUGUUUGUGGGGGGAGCCCUGACGAGUCGAUCACCGAGUGCAGCAGAUCAUUUCCAUGAAGUAAUCAUCAUCACAAUAAUCAUUUUGCACUGCAGACACAGUGGUUCUUCUGCAUUACCGUCUCAGUCUGAUUGCAUUUCCAUGAAGUAAUAGUCAUAAAUGUUCUUCCUUGAGCUGCGAAACACCGCUUCACUCAGCGAUCAACACAAAGGUGAGGGCUCCCCUACGAAUAAGUGGCUGCUGGAGGAAAGUGGGUGAGUUUUGCCUGGUCUCUUUGCUGAAGAAACCAGGCAAAGCUAAAAAGACAUUUGAUGGCUAGUACUAUGGCUGGGACCCUAUAUGUCCUGUUGAUUAGGUUAGGUGCUGUUCUGAGCCUUAUUUGUUGCUAUAGAGUGGCGUUUUGGUUGAGGUUUGCGAGACGUAGACCACUUUGUAUUGCAGUCACAUGGUCAUCGCUAUAGUUGGUAAAACUAGAGAAGUAAGCACUUGGCAACAUUCAUCUCUCGAGGGGGUGUCUAACUCGGUGUCAUGGUGUUUUUGACCCUAACUAAAUUUUACGCUACAUUAUCCCAUUAAGAGGUACAAAAACUCAAAGAAAGCGGCCAAUCAAAACAAUUUAUAAAACACAACUAAACAAGAGGACACUGAAUCAACAUUUAAUUUUGAGCUAGCACCACCAGUCCUCCUUGUAGAUCAACAUCCUAAUGCUUUUGUUGGUUACAGAUUUCCCCAGUCAAUGUUUUAUUUGUCGAUUCAACCAGAUUUAUUUCUGCUUUUGUUUGUGAGCACCCUGUUUGUCUCAGCCUUGCAUUUCUUCAACAUUUAUUAGACCUGGAAGUUUUUAACAGGAGCUGAAAUUUCCAACAGGGUUUUCUUCUAUCAAAAAACAAACAAAAAAACAAUCCUUUAAUUUAAACCCCUUUUAGCACCUACUAAAGCUGCUUGUGUUAAUUGAAUAAAGAAUAAAAUCAGUUUUACUCUAAUGCUCUUAAGUAGACCGACGUGAUAGACCUGUAAAUUUUCAAAUAGGAUUAUGUAAUCCUAGAUUAAUCUCUUUAAUCUUUUAAAUUCAUUUGCAUUUAUAACUGUCAGCUUGAAAAUCAAAGACUGUCACCCACACUAAUUAUCCAAGUCAGGCUGUACAAACACUAAAACAAACCACAUACAUGCAGAGGACAUGUUAUAUAGCAGCCCUUUUUUAAAGUCUCUAAAUCGAAUCAAAACUGUGCUCAGUCAUGGUUGUGACUGAGAUUCAAAUUUUGAAAUGAAAGAAAAGAUGGUACAAGACCAGCUUUCCUCUGCACAGUAUCCAUGGUUACAACUCCCCAAACUUGAUGCUUUCCUGGGCUGUAACCUACCUCCUGCAGUGUGACAUUGUUUCCUCUGCGGGUGGACGGUCCAGCGCUCAGAUCAGAGCUGCUUUGAUCAAGCGUUGACAGGCUGUCUCAUCUAAUAACCUGGGCUAUUUGUCUGAGGGUUGAUGGCCGCACCUGUGCCACAGACUCGGGUGAGACAUGCCCGAUUGAGGGGAUGGUGGAAAUGUUUAGAGAAGAAGCGUCAGUGUAUUGGCCUUGUCAGAAUAUUCCCAUUCAAGCUAGUCGUUUGUGACACUUCAUGUCUUUUGUGUUUAGUCUUGCAGGAGAUGAAGACAUUUGCUCUGCAGAAAGCUUCACAGAGAUGUUUGUUUUACUGAUAAGUGUGAUAUUUGCUUGUCAGAAAAGUGUCAUCAACCAGCCGUAAUAUGAAGCAAGUCUAUGUCCAAAAAGUACCAAAGAGCAAAACCUGGAAAAAACAUCACAAGAGGCGUGAAAUGCCUACUUUAAUUGGCUUUUUCAUAGUAAAAAUGUGAAGAACACAGACAAGUCUUGUGGAAAAAAAACAAGCAAAAAGAACAAGCUGAGGUACAACCUGCAUAUAGCCUUCUCCAGGCAUUUUAUUUUCUUUUUUAAGCCCUGAAAACAUUUUUUUUUCACUCAGCUUGUGAGAGAUGGGAUGCAACAUUAAAGCAAAAAGUUUCUGCUAAAUUUAGAACAGUUUCAGUCAUCUCACAUGAAAGAUUUUCAUUCUCUCCCCUUUUUUUACUGUGCUCUUCUUGUUCUUUUUCUUCUGUGCUUUUGAAGUUUGAAGUUUUUGAUGAAUAAUGUCUCACUUUUCUGUGUGUUUAUCAGAAGCAUUUGGAUCAAUAUUUGAUGACAUCUUCACGUACUCGGUUAAAAAAAUCCCACAGAUGUUUUCUUAGCUUUUAUAUUUGAUGGCUCUAUUCUUGAAGGGCUGAAAAUAUGGGACAUUCUCAUGCAUUGUUUCCUCAACCGGGUGAUUAAUUGCUUGGUCCACAGAAAUGUUGAUUAUCCACAGAUCUCCAGCUCAGGUCUUAUGAAGACAAGGCACUGAAAAGAACUAUGUUAAAGCUCCUGUGAGGAAUUUUUAUUAGUUUUAAAACAGACGAAAAUAAAUUUGUUGUCUAAAUGACCUAAAUAAGCAAGAACAGUGAGUGGGACUUGUUUGUGGCUGUUAUAAUUUGGCAUGCCUGAGUGUAUGCUGUUGGUAUAUUCUUUUGGUGAUUGAUAUUAUCAAUUAGUGGUAUAUUUAACUGUAAAAAUAAAAUAAAAUGGUAAAGACUGCUGCGUCCACAUGGGAUGCAUUUUCAUAUGCUAAAAAAUAUAUAAAUUUUACAUGUUUAAUGUCAACACUAUGGAAUAACAAACAAUCGUUUGUUGGAGUUGUUAGGAUUUGACUGCAGGCUACUCUGAGCAGCAUUUGGUCAAUAUGUGACAUAACCAAUUGUUGAAUUUCCUGCGGAUAGCCUAACAAAUGUCAUACCUACCAAACAAAAAUGACCCAUUCUUUGCUGCUGGGAUUUUCUGUCUGUUUUCUGUCUGAUGUUUUCAAGUCAGAUUCAGGGUCUAAGAAAACAGAAGCAACAGUGGAGGACAUUUUCAGACAACUGACCAAUCAAAAGAUGUGGUUUGAGGAGAUGGUGUUGGAGUAGCUAAAAUAAAGCUGUUCCAGCAAAAAGCUCAAAUAAGAAAUUUGAAGGACACCAGCAUGAGACUGGUUAAUGUUUUUCUGAGCUGUUGAUCAUGUUAAGCUAUGACAUAGCUAACAGAAGGAUGAAAUAAAGCCUAAAAAUGACUCGAAAGGGCACUCAAAUCACAAAAUUCCCCCUUUCCCUAAAUUUUUUUUCAAAAAGGUCAGUGUGUGAUAAAUUUGGCUGGUUGCUCAUAGAUUAAUGCUAAUGAUCAGUUGAUAAUGUUAUUUUUACAGUUAUGAAAACUAUUUGGUAUAUAGAAACUUAUUAUCCAGAACUACUUCCUGGACUUUGAACUACAUGGCUCCCCUGAGUGUAAAAGUUUGUAUGCAAAAUACAGAUUUAAAAAUGUGCCAUAAAGGUGCAGGUAAAUCCGUAAUUUCCCAUUCAGCUAGCGUAACUUCCACAAAGGUUACAGCUGCGUUGAGUACUGUAUAUCUUUUCUCUUCUCUAUAGACUCAUCCUCAUUUCGUCAUUGAACUUUGCUGCAAACAGAACAAAAGCCCUUUGCUCUUCAAGUCUGAAGCGCCAAGACCAGAACUUGACAUUUACCUCUGAUGUGUGAGAUACUUCCAUUUCUACUUCUGCUUUAUCUGUGCAGGAAACAACAUAGUGUGACAUUGUGAGGAGUGGGUACAACAAAAGAAAGCUUGAAUUUUCCUGAGGCUAAAUCACCAAGAGGGGGAUUUUAACAUUUUAAGAGCUGCUAACCUUGAAAACUGUGUUACUCCAAAUUUAGUGCAGUGUUUUAUGCUGUUUCAGCUAUGUUCUGACUGCCAAGGAUCGAUCUGUUGGGAAUAUUUGAAAAGAAAAAGAGGCUAUCACUGCAGAAUGUGUAUCAAAUCCAUGUAAAACAAGAUCCCUUAAUGUAGCGUUAUUGCUAAUGGUUGCCAACCUGUGUUUUUCCUUUGUUUGGCAGGGUCAACACAUGUAGAGCACUCUGUAACUCCGCAGGCCAGACUUAGCUGGUCUCCUUAAGGGAUCUAAAACACAUGACGGCACCCUGCGGUCGACCCCUUUAAACACAUGAGAGGGAAGGAACACAGACAAACCAUGAAAAAGAUAUACAUUGGCAAAACUGCCUUAAAAGUUUCCCGAAACGGCGGCAAACAUCCAAAGAAGAGGUAAGAGUGAAUCUCUCCAGAUGCCAUCUUUCCAUCCAUCCCCGUUUUUAUAUUUGUUUGUCCGUUUAUUCGCCCACGAGGUGUGUCCUCUCGUCGCCCGGCGGUGCUAAAACUGCCUCAUCUCACCUCUUUGAGCGCCAGGAGUCAUGCUGCCUCGUCAUCUCAUCUCACCACAGUGAAAGCACUCAUUACGUCUGACUCAGCUCCCGCUCGCAGAGGAGGUCACUAAUGGGGGAUUUUUUCAUCCCUGGAGCUACUUCACGUAAACUCAUCCCAUACCAAACAACAAACACCUGUACUCCCCUGCGAUCACACGCCAAUCAAAGAGGAACAGGAGGUGCGGGGCUGGCGGGUUAUAUGGCACUGAAAUGACAGUCGGUUGAGACAUUCAUUGAAUCACUCUGUAGGCAGGUGUUGUUUUUACUCGCUGGCUUGUUUUGAGAUGCAGCAGCUGAAAAUAAACAGUAGUCCACAUCCAGUCUGAAACUAUUAGCAAUGAUUUAAUCGAAACAAAAGAAAGGGCUACAUUUGCUCAGCAUGCAGCCUAUAGUGAUGCUGCAUUUAGAGAGGUUUUAGUGGAGGCUUAAGGUUAGGAUUUUACAAACAUCUCUGGAAAAUAGUGGUGUUGGAGGCAGCUGGCAAGGAACAACUGGUAGUAAACUUUCAGUUGUAUAUUUGCAGGUAACUGAACUUUUAGUGAUUCUUUAUGGAUUUUAAACUGAAAAGACAAUAUAAAAAGUCAGUAUUUUGAGCUUAACUGAGAGGGUCCAAGCUGGGUAGUCUAACCCCUAGCUCAGAAUUUAGGCCUUUAUGAGUUUAAAUGAUGCGUUAAGAUCAUAGACUGUAUAUAGAAUGGACGCCGUCUACCUCCUUGCUGGGUGAAGCCACUGCGAGAACAGCACCCUCUGGUGACGGACUGCAGUAUAGGUCAUAAAUCCCGCCUCCUCCAGCAAUCCCUAUGGAGCUGUGGACAAACUUUAGAAAUUAAUUACACAGAAUAUAAGUUUUUCUCCCCCCCUGCUUGUGAUUUUGACAUGUAGUUACUUUAAGACUGGUUUGUGCUCAAGUCCUCUUUUUUUCUGUGCAGCUCCAUUUUUAAAAGUUAUUAGGGGGUUCAUGUUUUCUAUGAUUGACACUUGAUACAGCCUAUGGGGGUACAAAGUUUGCAUAGCUCACCUGAAGGAUACGCUGUAUGAGCAGAGCGUCAUCACAGCGACUCUCCCGCUGAAUGCAUACAAUACUACUGCACAAUGUUGGUUUUAGGAAGUGGAGAAAAUCCCUGAAUAACCAAGAGCUUUUUGGCUUCAAAUUUGUUUAAUGGUGGAAGGCGGAAAAAAGUUGUCCAUAGUAUAUACAGUCUAUGGUUAAAUGUUCCUUUUUUGUUGGGUUUUUCUUUAGAUUUUGUGUACUCAGAAAUAUUCUUAUAUUUAUCUCAGCUAGUCUGUCUUAAUAUCCAACUUGGUUUUUUUUUUUGCCUAAAAACAUACUCGCCUGCAAGAUAGUUAGCGCACUGUAUUGAAAUUGGAGACCCUAUUUUAUCCACGGUUAGUACUCGGAUUUCUCUGUUUAAACUGCCUCAGAGCUCCUUAUGGGGUUCUUCUUCAGUUUUAAAUCUGGAGGAGCUCCCAACAAAUGUUUUCUAACAUAAGACCCUGAAAACACUGGACUGACUGCUUAAACUCAAUGGUUAGCGCCCUUUAAAUUAGUGCUUAACUCAAGUUUAGUUCCACCAUGAAAGCAAUCCACUUAACUAAAACAAAAACAUAGUAGUCACUUAAAACCAAUGUUAUAGCUCAGCUGUGCAGAUUCAUCAUGGCACAGGAUGUUCAUAGCUGGAAAAAAAAGGUCCAAUUUGAUAUAAAAUACGAAGACUUGAGGCUAAAAUGAUUAUCUUUUGCUCAGCUUGUUGAAAUUUAAAUCAACCAUCAAGAUUUCUGCCUUUAGAGCAGCUUUGUCUCUAACAAAUGUGUAUUUAACUGCAGCACAUAUUUGCUGCAGCUACACAAUAUGCAUACAUCAGCAGAUGUUCGCAGCAAAAUAAAACAGAGCAAGACAACAGAUUUUCCAAUGUACCGUAGACGUGUGAAAGAAAAACAUGGUUUCUCAUCGGCUGCUGUCAGUUUAGCAGUAAAUUAAAAUGUGUAAUAUACAUUAGUGUUAUCUGUGUGGAAUAAUAACCCUUUUUAAUGUUCAAGAAGACAGUCAGUUUGACGAAAAGUCAACAAAGUGACAGAAAAAUGGCUCCAGUGUUCAAAUGUAGUCUCUUAUAUUUCUGGAAACUGUGCCGACUGACCCGGUCUGCUUUUCAUCCCACUGAUUACAGAGACAUUCAGAGCAUACAAAUGAGCCCAAUACUGGAUUCUCCCUCCACUCUCUGACCUGAAGCGUUGAAAGGAACCUGUCCCUGAUUAUUAUUUUUUAUGCCUCUUUCCUCAGCCCUCUCCAUCUGUAUCUUUGAUCUUGUUAAAAAAAAGAGACAAGGAGGGGGUGCGAGGAGAGCAAUGUGACCACAUCUCCGUCCUCUCGCUAUCUGGCGAUCUGUUAUCCGGCUGUAGAUAGAGUCAUUACCCUCCUUUCUCCAUCUGUCCAUCAAUACCGGGUCCAUUAAGCCCAGCCGUGCACAUUCAGAUCCAUCACAGCAACAGACAUUUCCUCUUUUCCCACUCGCACUUGCCCUUUUAUAAGAUUGGAGCCCAGGUAAUGCACAUGCUCUGAAAAUAGUCAUCAUUGUGCUGUCUCACUGAAUUACACAUUGGGGGUAUCGCUGUUCAGUAAAUCUGAGCCUUCACAGUCUAUUCAUGUGAUGUAUUAAAGUUCAUUGGUUCAUAUUUCAUCACAGAGAACACCCUCUCUCUUUUUUUCCAAUCUCUCUGCUGAUUGGCUUUCUGUGAUGUGCUGCAGGGCUUAAAUGCAGAAAACGAGACGCAGCGCUCAAAGUUAUGAUGGCUUAAAAAGCUCCUUGCCCACCCCUGCUUGGAUUUUUUAAUUAGACAUCCUUGUUUUUGUCCCAUGUUUUCCCCACACAAAGCACUUCCUCACUCAGAUUUUCAGCUUUUAUCGUCCUCUCAUGAUGUUCUCAUCACCGCUGCAUGGCCGUUCAGGGGUGCAUUAAAAAAGAUAUGUAGCUCCUUACAAGUCCAUUUAGGAGCGCAUAUCCUGAAGUUACAAGCUCCUCCAUAUGCCCUGAACACAAUCAUCUGCUGUGUGUGUGUGUGUGUCUGUGUGCGUGUGCGUGUGUGUGUGCAGCUCACUGCUGGAGCAGAAGGAGGACUUAAGGAAAAGGCUUUCUUACACAACACACAAGCUGGAGCUGCUGCAGAGCGAGUUCGACUCCACGCGGCAGUACCUAGAGACAGAGCUGCGCCGAGCACAGGAGGAGCUGGACAAGUUUACUGAUAAGCUGCGCAGGUGGGUCCACAUACUGUACCAUAGAGUGGAAAAGGUCUGCGGCUUUUUACUGUUGAGUGAAAGUGACACAAAUUGCACUUAAACAAAUUAAAGUGUUGACAUUAUAAUCCAAGUAUUGAGCAUGUCAUUCAUUCGGGCCGUGUUAAUGAGAAAGAUGUUAAGCUGUCAAAUCUGGUACCAGACUCUUACGCCAGUGUUUGAAUCAACUUUGAUGUGAAUAUUUUUUCUGAAGUUCCUCUUAUUUGAUCUGUGGAGCUAAUUUAAACUAAAAUUGCUUUUUUCCCGCGACAGAACAGCAGGGAAAAACAUGGACUGUCACACAUGAAAUUGCACAAACAGCAUCCAAAACAGUCAUUUCUGAAAAGGCAGAUAGUUAUAAAUUGAUCCAGCUGAGCGAGACACUCUGCUCUGUUUUUACUGCUUUUGUGUGCUUUGAGGAGCUGCAUUGAACUUUAUAAAAUCCAGUUUUUUAGUUUGCCUGUCUUCUGGUUCUGGUCCGGUGAACACCUGCUUCAAAAUUGAGUGGGGAUGUAAUAUACUGCAGAGGUUCCAGAAAAAGACCCUUAUAUCCCUGAUAAGAAGGACAGCAUCUGUAUUUUUCUCAGAAGUUUCUCAUAACUCACAGAAAAUUUGAGAAGAUUAAACAUGAUUUUUUUUUUCUUUUAUCAUCUUGAGACGUAUUUGACUUUCUACUGACCUCCUCCUUGAGGCUCACCUGAUAGAUAGAGAGAAUGCAUGAAAUUUGCCUUUUGCAUGACGUUUCUGCACCCUGGAUUAAAAGAUUAAAUACACCUUUAACUAAAUAACCAUGAAAGUGAGAGUUAUGAUAGAGGUGCAGUAAGCUGUAAUUGGGACAUGAAUAUAUAAAUAUAUACAUAACAUAUAUGUGGACAGCAAGCCUCCAUCUCUGCGAAUUGUUCAAAAGUGAAACCAAAACUCUGCCUCAAUGGAUGCUGACAUAUUACCCCUUUGGCAUUUUGUUUUCUCUCACCAUUUCUCUUUUUCUUUGCUAAUCCAAUAAAGAAUACUCAGGAGCCCUCAUUCGUCAACAGAGUUGUCAUGAUGUCACUUCCCCCUCUUUUAACAUUAAAUAAGUGACUAAAACUAAACUUCUUUGAAAAAUGAAAAAUAAACUGCUGUGCCAGACAACCUGUUUGAAGAAACUUUGAAAUUCAUUGACAGAACUUGGGGCAAUAAAAGUUUAUCAACAUCUUUAGCUCUAAAGGUCCUUACAUACCAGCGAAUUUGCGGCGAAUUCGCACCUGGUGUGUAAGGACCUUUACAGUUUUGGCUUUACUUUUAGGGAGCUAUUGUGCCAUUCUUGGUUUUAGUUUGGCUAUGGCUCUGAAUCCAGCACUAGUUGCUGCUGUUUAGUGCAUAUGCAAGUAAUACUGCUAUCUCUUUGUGAGCUAUAAUUUUAUUGUUUUUUUUCUUAUUAGAAUACAGAGCAGCUACUCAGCGCUGCAGAGGAUCAACCAGGACCUGGAGGAGAAGAUCCACAGAGAUGUAAGCAUUAAGCAGCAGUGUGUUUUGUGUGUGUGUGAGUGUGAGUGUGUGUGGUUGUGUGUGUGUACGCUUGAAUUCCCAGGGUUCCAUUUAAAUACCUGCACAUACAAAGAAAGAGACGUAGGACUCACAGGGUUCAGUCAUGCUGCUAACACUUGGAGAGCCGAUUUGAAUAUGAAUCUCUGAUGUUAAUUAUUGCUUAUUACAAUUUGCUGUCCUCCUUCCAAUAGCAGAGUGAUAGCAAACCUAUUGUUCCUCAGUGUACUGCACCUCACUUCAUUUGUCAGAUGUUGCGUUAGCUGCUUGGAGGAUACAAUUAACCGGCCCUCCUGAGAGCACAGUAUGACAAUCAGGUGCUCUUGCUGUUGAAAAGAAGGCUGAAAAAUGCUCACUUAAGAGUUUUGCUACAAGACAAGAUAGUUAUUCUUAUCCUGAUUAUAAUACCAGAGUGAAGCGACGCUGGACUGAAAAAGCGUUCAAGGUCACGUGGCUCUUUAUGUGAGGGGGAAAAUUGAUUUUGUAACUUUCCAAAUAAAAGCAAUCCGCAGUUUGCGUCGUCUGUUAAAGUGUCCAUAUCAGCUGUUAUUGAUUCCUCUCACGUAGUCCUUCCUCAAGGCUGAGAGAGGUGCUGAGUAAGUCUCUCUGCAAAUCGUAAAAGCUUGUUUACUCUAGAGGUGCCACAAACUCAUCUGACCCUUUGGCCCAACACAGCGAUAGAGAACGUAAUUACAAGACAGAUAAACAUAGUGAUAUACUUUGACCGCGCUUUUACGCACACAGCUACAGUACAAUGAAAAGUCUGGAGAGACAGGGACGAAUUUCUGCACACUCUCACCAACACAAGGACAGAGUUUGUGCUGCAGAAGCUGCGAUGUUGUAACUCCAAACAGUUUUUAAGAAAGAGCACAAUUAUAAAAUUGAGAGAGGAGUAGACUAAAACUUCACCAAAAAAAGGUUUUGUUCCUCAUGGAGAUGAACUUGAAAUCUGUAGCCUUGUAUUGAUUCAGCUCUGGGAUCAGACAUUGAUCUGCUGCUCAGAGGAAGAUGUUGGUGUCCAAAAUUGUUCACACAUUCAUUUCUCCCGACGUAUUAGACCUCAUAUUUUAAUUAGAAGACUACACAGUGAGCUCAUUAGUAAAUUAAAGGUGGGGUAGGCAGGAUCUGAGGAAAUGCCAGUUUUUGGGAGAAAUCUUGAAUGUAAACACUACCCCUCCCAACCAGUUUUCCCCUCAGCUCCUCCUCUCCCCUCUGUCUCUGCUCCAGCAAGCCCUGCCUACAAACAGACGCUCCUGCUCGCUCGUAUCUUUCCAAUUAAAUUCAAAUACAAUGUAGAUGAAUACUUCAGAUAAUUACAAAUGGGGCCCAGUCAAUGUGAAAGUAAAAAGCAUAGGUGCUACUGUAGAUGCCAACAGACUAUCAGCAAACACAAUGUUUGCUGGACUUAUAAAACUAGGAUAAAGGGACAUAGUUCAGCACCCGAGGCAAACAGUUUAGCGCGGGCUACAACAUGCAGCGGGUCCCGUUUGACAAGAAACACUUCUGUUACAGAUACUUGGCUUACUUUGUUAAAGCGGUUUACCUGUCCAGCAGAAAGGAUCCGUAAGAUCCUGAAGCGUCCCCCAUCAUUGUUGACCCGUCUUCUUAGCUCUUGCCCGGGUUUUAAGCGCCCAUUAUUCCGCCAGACUCUCCGGUAUUUACUUCGUUUUCUUGCUUGUGUUGUAGUUGUGGCUAAAGGAGGAAUUAGACAAUUUUCAGUCCUUUCUGGUUGGUUUCUACUGUACAAUAUUGUAGCACGCUAACUUUGUUUGGGCUCCUGAAUGACAUGGUGGAGCAGCGUCUGCCUCACAACCAAUCAGCACUAGGGACUAGUGUCCGCAUCACAACAGAUCAGGUUGGGGGAGGCGGGCAAUGGCUUUGUAUACAGUCAAAAAGAGCGGAGCACUCUGAAAUUUAAAAAUGUUGACUUCACAGACAUAACGAAACACAGCGAUAUUGUUAUAUUACCAAAUGUCAUCAAUGACUAACAGCUAUUGACUGAUAUUAAAAGCUUUUUUCUUUAACUGAUUCCUGCCAACCCCACCUUUAACAUGGAAUUAAUUUUUAGGACCCCCUUUUAAUUUUCUUUGCAAUGCUGGGAAAUCAUUUUCUCUUAUUUUCUGUCAAACACAAACAAUGACAGUAGAGCUUGGUUAGUAGCCAUUGAUCAUACAAAACUUUCAGCAAUACUUUGUACGAUACAUUUGAUCUAUAGUGGAAGGGGAAAAAAAUCCUCUUUAUCAGGAGUUUAUAGCUGAUUUUGACAGUUAUCUCUUUAAAACCUGCAAAAGCAUAUAAAACCAUAAUCGACAAGGUACAUUAUUUCUGUUUUGUGUUUUUAAUGCUGCUGCGAGGUCAGGGUCAGGGUCAUACACAGAGAUAAAGUACAAGCUGCUCAAGCAGUCUGUGUUUACAUUUCCUGAAGCAAAAUUCCCAUCAUUAACUAUAACUUGACAAAAUCAGGGGAUGCUAAAAGGGACUCAAACCUUAAAUUCAUCAGUGGUGCGUCAAAGAAUUGGACAGCACACCAAAAUGCCAAAUUCAUUAAUGGAGGACUAUUGAGUGAGAAGCAAGUGGUUUGGCCUUCAAGAUAUUGCAUCACCACCAACUCCUUUGGUUACUUGUAACUUAUUCAAAGCUAAUCUCCAAAGGUUGGUGAGGAACUGCAAAAAAAUAACACUUCCUACUUAAUCUGAGAUAUAUCAUGCAAAAGAACAAUGCAAGUUGCUAGUAUAAUGUAUACUCUGUCAUAUUUCUCUGCAGCCGUUUGUUUCAUCCACUGCUGAACAUUUGAACAGGACUGCUCAGUUUUACAAUUACAGCAGCUCACACAGCCCACAACCAUGUAAAUAAAAAAAACAGUGAUUUUUGCACCAAGGCUAGCUGGCUUGCUAAUGAAUGUACAAUCUUGUCAUGGAGACAUACUAGCACUUAUAAAUCAUAGUUACAAACUGGGGAGUUUCCUCAACAUUACAUCAUUACAGUGCAUUCAAAGUUCACAAGAUGUGAACAAACACAGUAAUAAUUGGCUUUUGUACAAAGUGCUGCUCUCUUUAACUCACUUACAACUAGCCAUGUCACUGGUAAACCAGGGAAGCAUGCAGAGUAGAUGUGAUAUACCGGGGAGGGUCACAUGGCAGAGUUGAAUAACAAAAAAGGGACCCAAAUUCAGAACAAAAAAUGAUUUAUUAAAAAGAACGAAAUAAAAGGCAACAAAAAGCUUUCAAUAAACACAAUAAGCUAAAUCCAAACAAAAGACACUUACAAGACAAGACUAAAGUGGCACAGGAACAAUAGGGAACAGAAACACAAGGGAAAAUACAGAGAAAAAGCACUCAAAUAAAUAACAUGAGGAGAAAUCUAAAUAAAAAAAUAUUGAAUUGAUCAUUUCUAUAGAGCUUUUUUUUAAUGUCUGAAUCUGUUGUGGGGGGUAGUUGAAGCACAGCUAGUUUUUUUUUACACAUUUUCCUUCAUGAUAAAUUUCACUGAAAAUACAGUGGGGUGAGGAUGUUUAUAAUUAAAUACAACCUACACAUUUACAGGACAAGGUCAGAAAAUCAGUUAAAGGAACAACAGUGUCCACGUCGGGCGCCAAAACAAGCACAAACCAGAAGUUCCUUACAGGAACUUAAAAAGGGCAUAAAAAGAGAGCAAUUUAAAAGACUUUUUUAAAUGAAUGGUCAUCACCAGUUAUGGUUUUGCUGACAAAUUUCCCAUCACUGCUGUCCUCCUCACAUCUUAGCUCUAAAUUGGCUCUCUUGUUGUUAGUCACAGCAUCAUGACGAUGAGAAGCGAGCCCUGAGCAGAGAGAUCAUCGUCCUCAACAACCGCCUGAUGGAGGCCAAGCUCACCAUCGAAAAGCUCCGAGAAGACAACGUAAGAGCCCAGAAAACAACACACUGCUCAGUUUAUUCAGCUUUUUAUAUUUUCUGCUCAAGAGAAUGAAAUAAUGCAUAUUAGCUCCAUAUUAACGCUAUUGUCUUUGACAGGGAAUUUCUGCACUAAACCCCAAACAAUCGGCUUAGUUCUUCAUCUCCUCAUGGCUUUAUUGCUGCAUAAUUCCCACUGUGCUGGGAUCAGUCAGUCCUCCUUGUCCAACAUGCAAAUAAUCCAAAAUGUUGAAGCCAGACUUGUGUGUCAAUCCAGAAAGACAUGACAUAUUUGUCCUCGUUUAGCCUCUCUUUCCUGACUUGACGCACUAAUUGGGUUUAAUUCUAAUGUCACGCUGUUUGCUCUUCUUUGUGUAGGGUCUGAGUGCAGUGGUUACCAUGUUGAAUAGAUUCAAAAAGCUCCUUAGGUUUAUUUGUGAUACAAAUGGACUUGACAUUUUCUCUGAUUCAGCUUCAUUAUUCUGCAAAAACAGCAAAGAAAGAAGAUGUCUACAGCUUCAAAUAGUUUAAUUUCUGGUUUGAACGUUUGAUGGUAGAGAAAUGGAAAUCUUAUCAGUGGGUUUAAUGUCAUUAGUCAUCAGAAAUAUUGCAUAUUUAUCACUAAAUAUUUUUGUGUUGUCCUCUACUUGUCUUGCCUCUACAGGAUGUGUACAGGAAGGACUGUAACCUGGCUGCUCAGCUUCUCCAGUGCAACAAAUCUGUUUACAGGGCCCAACUCUCUGAGGUGAGUCCUUCAAUGACUCGUCUACAAUCCCUGUUUUCUCCCUGAUAUGCAACUUACAGCUCCUAUAAGGAGUUUUAAGACUGACAUUAACUGGACUGACUUAUACUGAUGUCUCUUUACCAACUACAAAGCAAAGCAGACCAUCCAUAUAAAGAACAGUAUUUCCAUGUGUUUAUUUUUGGCGUAUGAAAUCACUGGAGGAGGUGUAGGUGUCAGUUGAAGGGAUAAACUGCAUGCGGCCAAAAUAGCCUGUGUCCUUACUUUGCAUGGCAAAGCUUUAGAGUCAUAUAUUGGAGUGUUGAAACAAAGAAUAAUAAAGAGUUAUAGAUUUACACAUGAGGGAGGGAAUCAGUGAGCACAACAUUUUUUAAAGAGGGUGCCAAACUGAGUCUAAGCAAGACUGAAAGUAGCUCACGGGAGCUUUAAUUUCUUAAUGGUUUACUGUCGUUUUCAAUAUUGUUAGGCUUUCAAACUCAUCAAACCUACUUCAUCAGGUGAAUUACAUUUAACUUCCUUGUACUAUCGAUGUAUGAAUAGACUGUAGCAUAACAUAGAAAAGCUGUACCGUACAAGUAAAAGUUUACAAUCAAGAUUGGUUUCUUUGGAGUGGAGUGACCUGAAUAGUGAUUGGCUAUUUGCUUUGUCAGAGGCAGUACUUAAAGCUCCCGGGAGAAACUUCCUGUCUGUGUUGGCUUUGGUGACCCCCGUGGACAAAGUAUUCAUUAUAUUGUUGCUGAUUUCAUCUCAUCCUAGUUGAAGUGGUGCUGAUUAACAAAAAAAAACCUCCACCUGUUGUUCAUUUAUGAAUUUUUGCCAUUGUAAACCUGAGCUGUUUAUUCAGCCUUCCUUCAGAUUUAUUGCCUAUCAAAAACUCCUCACGGGAGCUUUAAUUAUGAAUAGACUAAUUGGACUGUGUUGUAACCUUCUGCAACCAAACUGGGACUUAGAACAAGAAUCAAGCAAUUCUGUUGAAAAUGAAGGUGGUAACUUUAACAACAAACAUGAAACAUUAUUUCACAAGAGUUAAUAACCCAAAAAGUCUCAAAACAAACUUUUCGCCCUUAAUUUGACCUGAGCCAGAAUGAAUAAGAAUAACUUUAUUUUUAUUUUACCCCAAAAGGGAAAUUCAAUUGAUCAUACAGCUUUACCUAGACACUGAGACUUUCCAGUGGGAGCUAGCUAAAAAGGGAAGAUUUGGUGAAAAAGCUGUUGUUUGUAGAGAAAGAGGUGUAGUUUGAGGCAGCACUUCGAUAAAAUUUCUGCCAGCUACAUAAGAUGAGGGAAAUCAUUUUGCUGUCACGGCUGUAACUGAAGGUCAUCUCGCCCUGCAUGAGGCAGAACAGAGACAAGAUUGUGCAGUGGUGACUGCUGUAGGUCACAGAAGAAAGGGCAAAGAUGGAGAGCUGAAGCUGUCUCUUUGUUAGGUCAAGGACCUGUACCUGAGAGACAUGACAGAGGCCAGGUUUCUAAAAAUUGGAAUUCAGUGUGACACAGGGCAACAGAAUACCUGCUAAAAGGUGUAGACAUAUUUUUUUUUUUACAUUUUAAAUGGUAUUCAUGCUUUAUGACUGAUUAAGAUAUCCUUUUUUAAAGUUUUUUGACAAGUAGCUCAUUAGCAAUUCACCUCUGAGUCAUGAGUGGAGACAGCACUGCUCUGCAGCACUGCUGUUACAGCAUUAACAUAGGUAACAUAGGAGCUAUUCAGCUUGCGGUCACUAAUGUCUUUGGGGGCAUAAUGAAAGUUAAUAUAGUAAUUAGCUUUCUGACGAGCAUUUUAAUCCACAUAUCGCACUCUGGCCUGCAGAGCGAGGCACAGAGGGCAGAGUUUAGAUUUGUAACAUAGAAAAUUCUACUACGUAUUUAGAAAUGCAAUUUUGCACUUAGUUUUCUCAUGAUAUGUCCUGAAUACAUGGACAACAAGAAAAACAUGAUUUUCAUCAGAGUGGGUCUUUGAAGAGUGUUUUUUUGCAUAGAGGGAAGUCAGGUCUCGGCCAACACCUUUAUGGAAGAUAGAUCCGGGCCACCAUACAAAUCAUAUCAGUUUUUACCACAUCUGAUCUGGACUGAAAGUCUGAUGAAUUUAGUUGCAAGUUUUAGCUGCUUUAUGUAAGGUUCAUGUCAGAAAGGAAGGGAGGAAGACAGAAAAUAGUAGCAGUAUAAGAAGGAAAUAAAGGGAAAUACAGUGAAGGAGGAAAAGAAGAAGAGAAUGACGGAAAGUAGGAGGGGAGGAAGGUAAGUAGGAGGGAGGGAAUAGAGAAAGAAAGGAAAGAAGUAGAAGGAGAAUAGAGAAGUGAGGGAAGGAAGUAAAGGGAAGGAAAGAAGGAAGAAAAGUGAAGCAAGAAAGAAAAAGAGAAAGAAAGACAAAAGAGUUGGAGGAAAGGGUGGGAGAGAGAGGUAGGAGGAAAGAAAAAAAUGGAAGGAUUGCAGAGGGAAAUGAAGAAAGAAAAAGAAGUAGGAGACAGGAGAAAAGGAAAAAGUAUGAGGAGAAAGGGUAGAAAGAAAGUAGAGAAGAGAGGAAGAAAAGGGGAAGGAGGUAAAAAGGAAGAAAGAAAAGAAAGAUGGAAAAGAAAGAAAUAAAAGGGGAAAGGUUAGAGAAAGAAAAGUAGUGUAAAGGAAAUGAGGAAGGUUAAUAGAAAGAAAAGAAAAAUUAUGAAAUGGGGAAGAAAAAUUGACAUAAGAAAGGGAAGAGGGAAGGAAAAAGGUAGGGGAGAGGAAGGAAAAAAGGAACAAAAAAGGAAGAAAGGAAAGGAUGAAGGGAAAAAGGAGAGAAGUGAAGAAAAGAAUACAAAACAGAAGAAAAAGACAAAAAAAGAAAAGAUCAAAUGAAUAAUAAAGGAAUAGGAAGAACAGAAAGUAAAAUGAAAGAAGGAGAGAAAGAAAAGAACAACAUGGACUAGAAGCACAAACCUGAUAUGAGCAUUUAAAGAAGUGAAAACUACAGUGUGUGGCAGAGUGUAGAUGUGGAGUGACUCGUCACUCUGUCCUCCAGCUGCUUGUGAACGGAGAUCCAUGUGUGUAUUGAUGAGCAGUUUAACACCAGGCCAGCUUGGCGCCAUUUUCCGCUGCAUCAGCCCUGGGCUGUGUGCCUGCUCCAUGUGACGGCAGGACUUUUAAGCUGGCAAAAGUCCAUAAGGUUAAAGAAUGCCUAUAUGGCUGAAUGGAAAUAUCAAUGCACACUGCAUUCGGUUGCAUAAUGCUCAUAAAACACCCCCCACGCACAUACAGUACACACAUACAAACAUACAAACACACACACACACACACACACACACACACACACACACACACACACACACACACACAUAACCUCCGCUUGCACAGUAUGGGAUCAGGCACGCAGUGAAAAACGUCUCUGCUGGCAAUCUGCAGAACAUAAUGGGGGUCAGGGGCUAUAUAUGCACUGGCUGUAUGUCUAGCGAUAUGCUGCUUCUGUGGGUGGGAGCCAAUCGACAGUAUAUUGAUGAAUGGUGCUGCAGCAUUUUGAGAAGUGCAGCGGCUCUUCAGGCACUGAAGUGCCUUAGUUGUUUUGUUUUGCUGCAAAACGAGCCCAGUGAUGGGUAUGAAAUGAUUAGACUAGCAUUUCUGAAUGCUAUAUGAAAAGCUUACUGUGAUCUCAUUCAAAACAAGCCCAAAUGAAAAAUGUUUGGACAGUAAUUAAGUGGGAUUUAGUUUGGUCCGAUCUGUAAUAAAACUGCGAUGAAAAACUGUGUUUUCACGCGCUCUGAGGUGUUUGUCUUUUCUCUAUCCACAAAGUUAUAAUUAGCUUUCCUCUCAUUGCCAAUUAGGAACAACGGACUAGAUUCCUGUUGAUGAUGUGCUGGCUUAAUGCUUGUUGCUAUGGAGAGGCACAGAUAGUGGAUGGAGGUUUGUGUGUUGAGAAAUACUCCGAACAGAGAGAUGUCUUUCUUUUCAGACGAAGGCAACUCAGGUCAACUUCAUUUUUGCUUCUAGUUUUCUCUCUUGGAUAAGGUUGAACUCAAGAUAAUUUCUUAUAACUGUACACUACUGCAAUCACACACGUGGAUCCAUGUGUGUAUGUUGUGAUGACAAAAUUAAAGAUCCUUCCUUUUGCUUUUAAACAACGUAGAAUGGAGGAAUGAUAACAUUUCAGGUUCUAAUGUGAGACACAUCCACUGUCAGCUGAUUUGAAAUAUUUGCUGACGUUCCCUGACAUUUUGGAUUUGUUUCUAAUGAUGCAGCUGUUGCAAAGAUUUGCGCCACAAACCAGCCCCAAAAACAAAAAAAUAAGUAUUGAAACUGAUAUGGAAGCUGUGACCAUGCACCAUACGUAGACAGAUUUUUAAUGAGGAUAGAAAUAUCCUGGCCAAAAAUGUAACAGGAAUAACAACAGCAAGUGUGUUUUUACAUUAAAAGUAAGGAUUAAUCUAUAGUGAAUGGGUGGUCAUGCAAAUUGUAACCCUAAGAGGGUGAGCAGGAGCAGAUGCCGCAUUAUCAUCUGUUCAUUAUACAUUAUCUCACUCAUUACCUGGCCACCAACCAAAGACAUGCACAUGCUGACAAAUAUUGAUAUAAUGAAAUGUACUUAUGUGUACAAUCCAAUAAAAAGGUCCCAUCUGAUUCAAACACUACAAUUGGUAGUGUUUCCAUGGCAACAGAAGCUUGUCACCCUCCCUGGAGGACAGAUUAACACUAAACUGAGCAUUUCAACUUACACUUAAGUUAAAACAGUUGCCAACUUCAUUACUAUAAUUCACAUUGAACUGAAUGUUUCCACCAAAGGUAAUGUUAAAUAAAGAGGACACAGCCAUAUAAUGCAAAAUUUAAAGCUUGUAUGUGCAUAUAAUAACACUUUACACAUAAUAUGUUUCACUGCCCUUUUCUCUCUAUUUCUAGUUGCCUGCUGAUUUUCAGGAGCGCCUGACCCUGCACAUGGAAGACUCUCCUCUCUGUCACACCUACUCGGACUCCGUUUCAGCCUCACUCAUCGCCAAAGUCCUUGAGAAACCAGACGAGGCCUGCAGCAGCAGCCAAGCCUCCCGCUCCCCCAGCCCUCAAACCCAAGAACAUACUUUCAUUUUAGAGCGCGUGGGGCCAGGAGAGCGUCUGGGUCUCCGUGCUGCCUAUAAAUCUGAUCUGUACAGCAGUGACACGGCUCUGUACUGCCCUGACGACCGGCACCGUGAGCGCAGACCCAGCAUGGACCUUCAUGGCGAAAGGACGCUGCUGUAUGGACCCCAAAACUCCACUGAUAGCAACCCAGAAGAGGGCUCAGUAGGGUUGCAGGCCGGUUUCUCGCAGGAGCACUUUGCCAAAUUUCCUCCACCUCUAGGUGCAGGAUCAAGCUCCUACUCCAGCUUCAGCGGAGGGGGCUCUGAAGACAAAGGCAACGGCCCACCCAGCAGUGCUGCCUCAUCCCCGCACCACCACUCCCUCUACAUGGAGUGGAGGGAUGCAGGGGAUUAUGAGAGAAAGAGUGACUCAUCCUGGGAGAGGGACAGUCCAAGAGGCUUUGCCAAUGCUCAUCCCUUUCAGCAGACGGAGCUGAGCCACCACCAGAAUGGCAGCUCGCCCGUCUACAGUCGCACCAUGUCCUCCUGUUUCAGUGAGCCCUAUGAGCCGCUCCCACCCUCCUCAUCCCCAAGUGUUGCCUACGGGGACAGCCGUCGGGGCAGCACUUUGGCGCCUGAGGAGGAGGAGCUGAUUGGAAGAUGGAGGCAGCUCAGUGUAGAGGAUUUGAGCGCCCACUCAUACCGCAGCCCUGGCCGAGCUUCACCGUACAGCUUCUCAGAGCAGCACUUCUCUGUCCGGCCUGCAAAAAUCCGGCUCGGCCCUCUAUACAGCAGCUUCCAGGAAGGGGCUGACUACUACCACCAUGCAGGGGAAGCAAUGGAUUCUGGGUGGGUAGCUGCAAGCCCGAGUCCUGAAUGCAGUCCAAGUUUACGGCACGCUCACAGUCAGGCUCACAUGUACCCAGCAGAGGACAGUCAGGGGUCCGAGCACAGCCUGUACCACUCAGGGUCCAGCUCCAAAGACAGGGAGGGGCCUGUGGCAGCAGGGGGGCCGAGUGCAGAUUAUGUGGACCCCAGUCCUAACAGCUCCACAGAGUCCCUGAACCAGAGGACCCUAGAGAUGGCUGCAGAGCUGCAGCACUACCAGGUGGAGAUGCACAGUCUGCCUGCACAGGUGAGCCAGUCCCCUCCGCCGGUCCCAGCCCCUCCCCCUCCUCCCUAUAAUCCAAAAUUUGGCUCCCUGGGUCUUUCCAGAAAGGACAGUCUGACCAAGGCGCAGCUUUAUGGAACUCUUCUGAACUGA